AUGACUGAAGAAAUUGAACCUCAUAUUGCUAGAAAAUUCGAAAUCAUUCAAAAAUUAGGAAAAGGUGCCUAUGGAAUAGUUUGGAAGGCUGUGGAUAAGAAGCUAAAGACAGUAAGACUUGUUAUUUACAGUUUAGGUAGUGGCUUUAAAAAAAGUAUUUGAUGCUUUCCAUAAUGCUACAGAUGCUUAAAGAACAUUUAGAGAAAUAAUGUUUUUGUAGGAGUUAAAUGGACAUGAAAACAUUGUGAGGUUGUUGAAUAUCAUAAAAGCAGAAAACAAUAAGGACAUUUAUUUAGUAUUUGAUUAUAUGGAAACAGAUUUACAUGCUGUGAUUGUAAAUAUAUUAAAUAAAAUUGAAUAGAGAGCAGGUAUACUAGAAGAAGUUCAUAAAAAAUAUGUUGUUUAUUAAAUUUUGAAAUCACUAAAAUACAUACAUUCAGGAGAACUUAUUCAUAGAGACUUAAAGCCUUCUAACAUUUUACUAAAUUCUGAAUGUCACAUGAAAUUAGCAGAUUUUGGUUUAGCCAGAAGUAUAGCAAUCACUGAAGAUGACAGUAGUAUGAUGAUAUUUAAAUUUAACGUUUAGCUCCUCCUGUUUUGACAGAAUAUGUUGCUACUAGAUGGUACAGAGCUCCUGAAAUAUUACUAGGAUCAACUAAUUAUACUAAAGCUGUAGAUAUGUGGAGUGUUGGUUGUAUUUUGGGUGAGUUGAUUAUAGGUAAGGCAAUUUUUCCAGGAACAUCUACAUUAAAUUAAAUUGAAAGAAUAAUUGAAUUAUUAGGUAAACCAAAUGAUGCAGACAUUGAAUCACUUGAAUCUCCCUUAGCUGUUAAUAUUCUAGCAUCUGUUUCAAUUCAAAAAAGAAGAUCAUUCUAACAAUUUUUUUCAGGAGCCUCAGAUGAUUGUUUAGAUUUAUUAAGAAGGUUUAAAUAUCAUUUUUAUAUAUAGACUUUUACAAUUCAAUCCAAAGAUGAGACUUACUGUUCAUUAAGCUAUUAAACAUAAGUAUUUGAAAGAAUUCUCAUCUCCUGAUGAAGAGAUUGAAUGUUCAGAGCCGAUAAGAAUACCUAUGAAUGAUAAUAAGAAGUUUUCUAUUAAGGAAUACAGAGAGGCUUUGUAUAAUGAUAUAAAUAGAAGAAAGAAGGAACAAAGAAAGAAGUGGUAAGCAAAAUACUUGUAGUAAUUAGGAAUGAAUCCUGAUGAACUUAUUAAUGGGUAAUAAAUUAUAAAUUUAUUAUAAGAUUACAUUAGGAGCAAUCUGAAAUGAUAUCUUAAGGAAAAUCAUUAUAAGGUCAUGAAAAUGUUAAUGGGAGCUCUAUUUAACAUUAAACUUAACAAUAAUAAUAAUAAUAAUAAUAAUAAUUAUAGAAAUCUAAUAUUGAAGAGAUACAAAAUAUUAUUAAAUAACAAUAAAUCUAAUCACAAUAAUUAAAGAAAUCAUAAAGUUAAGUUGGAAUUUAGUAAUAAUAGAAAUUAACUAGUUAAAAAAGUGCAACUAAUUUUGUUUCUUAAAUGUAUAAUACAUUUUAAUAAUAAACAUAAAAUUUGGAUAAUAAGUUUUAUUAAUAGUAAUAAUUCUUGUAAUAACAACUUUAAUAAUUAUAACAAAAAGCUUAAUAGAAGAAAAAGACUUGA